AUGACCUACAAAGUCCUCAUUGUUCUCUUCGUCCUCUGUGCUGAGCCAACUGGAGGUAUACGUGGACCAGAGAAGGAGAAAGGGCAUCCUCCCCGACAUGUGCGACCAGUGCCUUACAAUUAUCAUGGCCCAGCUGUUGGUGGUGGGCCGGGGCAG